AGAUCAAUGCUUUGGUUGUUGUUAUUUGGCAUAGUGCUGACAUUUACCUUUGCCGAUUUCCCUUUCACAAAUAGAAAACACAUCGAAUUGCUUGCACGUUUGUGGUGUCAAUAGUUUAUUAAACUCGGAAAAUAUCUACGGUUUCCUCUUUUUUGAGAAACUCGGCUUGGCUCAAAUUUUUUAAUUAAUUUAUUCGAAAAGAUCUGAAUACAAUGGCUGAUGGAGAGUAUGACAAAGAGCAAUUGAGAAUUCUUCGAAAUGCCUUUAAGGCGUUUGAUCACGAUGGUGCAGGGUCGAUUGACCAUGCAGAUGUAUCUAGCAUUCUUGAAAUUCUAGGUCAGAAGCUGGAGCCGCCAGCAGUUAAAGCGCUCAUUAAAGAAGUAGAUAAGGGAACAUCUGGUAAAUUGGAUUUUGGCCAAUUUUGCAAGCUGGCGGCUCGUUUCAUUGAAGUAGAGGAGGACUUGGGUGCACUGCAAAAUGAAUUAAAAGAAGCAUUUCGUGUUUACGAUAAGGAAGGAAAAGGUUAUCUAACGGUUGCCACACUGCGCGGUAUUCUGCACGAAUUAGAUGAUAAGAUAUCUAAUCAAGACCUAGAUUUGAUAAUCGAAGAAAUUGAUGCUGAUGGUUCAGGCACCGUUGAUUUUGAUGAAUUUAUGCAAGUUAUGACAGGUUAAUCAUCAACAAGGUCUCCUUAUUAUGGAUGACGCAGGUGGAGGGGACAUCGCGGCAUAUAAUAUGUUAAUGCAUACAAA